GAGCACUCGGGGCAGGCGGGGCUCGCCGGGAGCAAGAAGCUUCUGGGCCCGUUCGACGAUGUCGAAGAUGCUCGCAAGGUGUUCCGGUCGAGGUAUAAAGAGCGGACAAACAUCCAAUUUUCCGCAGGGGCCACCGCGGCGAUGAAAAAUUACUUCCAGGCUCUGCAUCGUCGGGUUGCGGUUGACUUUUCGGCCGUGUGGGAGUAUGAAGUGACCGAUGGCGUGGAUGGCAAAAAAAACGGCUGGUACAAGUAUACAGCGAACGCCAAACCGUUUAUGGAGCGGUAUUUUGCGCAAUUCAUGACCAAUCCUUCCUUCAAUGUCCGCUAUGUGAAAAGUGGGACCUUGGCCUACACUUAUAAGGUCGACUUCAAAGCAAUGACGCAAGUAAACGCGAACACGAGCAAAAAGAGGAACAUUCGCCGCGUAAGCAAUAAGCCUGCGGGUCUCGGGCCCAAUGAGACCUGCGGAAAUGCUCCUGCCUUUUCUGGUGCGUCCUUCCCGCCCUCGUCGCCUUCGAAUAGCAACGAGACGACCGCGACGAUGAAGAAGAAAGCCAAUGACCCCAGCGAUCCUUUGAAGCUGAAGCCGCUUUUUCUCACCGGCGAGGGAAAUGUCAGCAAGAAGCAGGCCAGUCCAGAUUUCGGACGCACCUGGCUUGACAUUCUGAAGCCCGUAUUGGAAGCGAAUUUGCCUAGCGCUGAGAAAUACAUCGGACCGAAUCGAGACCCAGCCAUCAUCCCGGUCCGCGAACUGACAUUUCAGGCGUUGAAGCCACACGCGCCGGAAGACUGGAAGCUGAUCGUGAUCGGGCAGUCGCCUUUUCCUCGACUCGAAUCCGCGACGGGGAUUGCGCACUUCGACGCCGAUGUGAGCGAUUGGAACGACAAGAAAUUCGGGGCGUCAACGACCCUGCGCUGUUUGCUCAAAGCUUGCGCAAUGCAGAAAUUUGGCAUCAGCGCUGUGCCCCAAAACACACCCGUGAAUGACCUGCGCAAGUUGCUUGCCGACAAGAAUAUUAUCAAGACGCCAAAAGACUGGUUCCAGUACUGCCUGAGCCAGGGGGUUUUGUUCAUCAACGCAGCCAUGACCAUGCACCAAGAGACGAAGGACAAUAAAAAACAGAGUGCCAACGCGACCGUCGGGCCCCACGCAGCCUUUUGGCGCGAAACCAUCGCUAAGGUGGUCGACGCAAUCCUUCACGCCCGUAGUUGCAAGAAGGGGAAGAAGAAGGGGGUCGUUUUCGCGUGGUGGGGAGCCACCAGUUUGCAGAGUAAAGCACAGCUUGCUCCGCUUUUCCAAAAGUAUGUAAACUCGGGAUUUCCGAUCGAGCACGUUGAGGGUGUGGGCCCCUUUGCGUACUUCGACAAGUUCUGCGAUCCACCGCUUAUGAUGCAGCGUCUGAAUGACGCGCUCGUGAAGGUAAAGGAGACACCGGUGGACUGGCUACCGACUGUGCAAAGUUUCGAACAAAAAAUGAUGGAAUGUACUACUUCGUCCAAGGGAGGUGGAGGUGGAGCUGAUCUGCUGGGUGCGGCUUCCUUACAAAACAUGGGGGUGUUUUUGCAAUCCACUUUAGACCUGCACAAGAUGUACCUGGAACGGUUGCAGGAUGGUCUCAAGUUGAGCACGGGCAAUGACACGCUGGCUCCAAUCGACGGUGUAUUUCAACAACCUCUUGUGACGAUCGACAAGGCGUUUGUUGACGCGUACUUGAAGAGCAGCGCGAAAAACAGCCGCUCCUGGGCGGAAGACGCGAAUCCGAAGGAGGCCGCGAAACUUACCACGGACGAAAAAGCUGCAAUCCAUUUGUACACUGGCAAUUCUCUCUACCACAAACUGAACCAGGCGCUCCGCAAUGCCGACCGCAGCGCAGUCAAGACCUAUCUCAAGUAUCUCCGUCUCUUGAUGCAGGCCCUGACGAAAGUGGACCCUACUAGUUGUACAAGUACAACUGGCACGUCGAACGCAAUGAAAAAAAUAAAACAAGAUACAAG